CUUUGUUAGACUUACUUGUUCACUUUAACCAGAAAAAAAUUGCUGAAUUGUCCAAAUUAAAUAGUUACUGGUGCGUUGUAGUAAGUUUAUCGUGGAAGUUAUUUCUUUUCGUUAGUCUAUUGAUAUCGAUUAAUCAGUAGGAUAUCCAAUCGUGCCCAUUUGUGUGACAGUUUACAAGAAUAUAUUUAAACCUUACUCAUAACAUCCUUGGAACUGUUGAACCUAACAUUUGUUGUAUAUAACGAUUGAAAGAUUAAGUUAAGAUUGCUUCUAAAAUAUUCACAAGACAUUCGUAGAUUAUGUCAACAUUUAAAAAAGUUAGCACGAAGUCACUUGUAAAAUCUAACCAUGAAGCUUCAUUGGACAACAGCUAUUGGAAAAAUUACGGUAUACCAGUCCUCGUUAAAGAAUUCGGACCAAUCGAUUACAUAGAUUUUUCCCCUCUCGAAACUCAUCGUUUUGCAGUAACAUGUUCUUGUCGAGUGCAAAUUUAUAAUUCUAUUACCAAGUUAGCUACUAAAAAUUUAAAUCGAUUCAAAGAAGUUGCAUAUGGAGGUACUUUUCGACGAGAUGGGCGCUUAUUAUGUACAGGAGGAAGUGAAGCUCUUAUUAAACUAUUUGAUGUUGACACAAAAAAUCUUUUAAGAAUAUUUAGUGGACAUACAGCACCGGUUCAUAGAACUUUUUUUACUGUGGAUGAACAACACAUUGUUUCAUUCUCGGAUGACAAGUCUUCUGCAUUUUGGGAUAUUCCCAGUGAAAAAAAAAUUAUUUCUUUUGAAGAUCACGUUGACUACGUAAGAGCUGGACAUGUCAGUCCAGUUUCACCUAAUAUCUAUUUAUCUGGUAGUUAUGACAGUAUUGUAAAUAUGUACGAUACCAGAUCAAGUAAGAAAGUACUUAGUGUCAAUCAUAAUGGACCUAUUGAGAGUGUCUUAUUUUUACCAAGUGGAGGAAUAUUCUUGUCAGCAGGUGGAACAGAAAUCAAAGUAUGGGAUUGUAUAACGAAUGGUCGUCUUUUAGCAAAAAUAUCUCAACAUCAUAAAACAAUUACUUGUCUUCAAGUAGCCUCCAAUGGUCAAGUGAUAAUAUCAGGAUCUUUAGAUAGACAUGUUAAAAUUCAUGAUACUGGAUCAUAUAAAACAUUACAUACAUUAAACUAUCCGAACUCAGUUUUAAGCAUUGGGAUCAGUAGAGACGAUAAAACAAUUGUUGCUGGAAUGACCGAUGGAAUGAUGUCUAUACGACAAAAAGAGCCAAAUGCACAAGAAAAAACGUCCAUCAAUCAAAAGAUGUCUUACAAGUACGCCGGAGAAACCAUACAUUAUUUACACAUUAAUAGUUGUAUCCCUGAAAUAAAAAGACAGAUGGAAGGAAAACACAAUACUUGCUUAAGAAAAUUUCAGUAUUCAAAGGCUGUAGACUGCGUUAUGCUCAAUUAUAUUACCAGCAAAAGUCCUCAUCUAACAGUUAGUGUUUUCCAAGAAUUGAUUCGGCGAAAAGGUCUUAUUCAAGCACUAGCUGGACGCAAUGGUAAAUCUCUUUUUAACGUUUUGAGAUUUAUUAUCCGCCACAUCGGAUGUCCGCGGUUCGAACGAGUACUAUUGCACGUUACAAGCACUCUGAUAGAUAUUUAUGAAGACCAAUUAGAAGACUUAUGUUCAGAAUCUCAACAUAACUUUAAAGUUUUACAAAAAAAAUUAGAAGAAGAACAAAAAUUAAUGUUAUCACUUAUUCAGUUACGUGGAUCUUUAGAAAUACUUAUGUCUGCAGCAGAAACAACUCUUUUUACCUUGCAAAACUCUUGUGGUCUAAAACCAUCAACAAUGGCUCAAAGAGAUUUCGUUUUUUCUUAUGUUAAAUAAAAUGAUAAAAAAAUCACAACAAAACAAUUCUGAAGUUCAUGCUACAUUUCGUCCAAGCAGUAAUGUAAGGUUGAGAGGGAAUAAUCCAACCAAUGGGUAUCUUUAGACCUUGACCAGAGUUGAA